AUGAACAAGAAAUCUAACAACAAGCCGACAGCAAGCCAAUCACAAUUGAAUCUUUGUCCAAUUGUCGUAGCCGAUCCUGCUCAACCCGCAACUCGAUCAAAAAUGGAUGCUACUCAAACACCUCUACCUCCACCUCCUGUUCAACCUCCAACACAAGUUCAACAACCAGUGAAAAUAAAGCUGACUGCUCGAAUUGGACAAUUACUUCGUGUUGGUAAGAAAGACAAAAAUGGAAAACGGAAAGCAAUAUCAAAACAGGAUAGACCAUUGACAACACGCAAAAGUGACACAAAAUUGGCACCAAUCACUUUAGCCGAAGAGAAAACGUGUAAAUCCUAUCGAAAAACCAAACAACCCAACAAACGGUCGCCUUCAGCUUCGAGAACCCAAAAAACUGAGAAUAUUAAGCCAAAAUCUUGCGGUUCUCAAACAUCACUUCAUAUUCGUAAGUUCUCCUAUUAUUCUUAUAAAAACCAGACAUAUUUCUUGAAUUAUUUACAGAUCCUGUAUCUCAACGUGAACUUCCUGAUAAACCUGCUGAAUUUCGUCCUGUUUCAGUAGAAAAACUGGAAAAAUCUUGUCAAAAUCUACUGGAACAACUUGGUUCGAAAUCGACAAGUCUAUUUGAAGAUCAAUGGGAAUAUAUUGAUGAUGUGGAUGUUGAGGUAACUUAUUACUGAAACCACAGUUUUCUUCAACCAAAAAUCGUUUUUUAGGAUGCAAAUAUUCAAGCUUUUCUUUCUCACAUCGAAGAUUAUAAUCAAGCUGAAGAUGUUGAAGUUUUAGAUGGAAAUCGUGUAAAAUUGGAUAAAACCGAAACAAAACGCGAUGAUUAUAUCCACGCAAGUUAUGUUGAAAUCAAGGAUAUUUCUCGUAAAUUUGUUUUGGCUCAACUUCCACUUUUAAAUUCAAAAAGACUCGAAGAUUUUUGGACAAUGAUUUAUCAGGAAAAACUUCACAAUAUUUAUUUGAUUUGUCAUCCUGAAGAUUCUGCAAAAUCAAUUGAUUCUGAUAAAUUCAGCGAAUAUUUUCCAUUGACAAGUGGACAUCAUGAACAUUAUGAACAAAUUUGGGUUCAUAAUCGAAAAGUUGAAUCAGGAAGUUUGGAUGGUGAUUUAAAUGAUCAAUUUAUAAUUGAAGUUUUGCCAAAUGGUUGUGCUGAAUCAAUUUUGGUUACAAUUCAUUUAUUGAAUUAUUGGCCAACUGGAGAUAUUCCUUUGAAACCUAAACGUAUUCUAAAUAGUGCUACAAAUGUUUUUGGUGCUGCUGAUGCUUAUGAAGGUGAUCCAAUUGGAAUUAUAAGUAAAAGAGGAGCUGGAAGACCUGGAACAUUUUUGGCAAUUGUUUGUGCAAUUCAAAUGAUGAAAAAUGGCCAAAAUUUGGAUUUGAAGGAACUUUGUCGAUCAAUUAGAAAGCAAAGACCUGGAGGAAUUGAUACUUAUUUCCAGGUAUGUAAUUAUUGAUUGAUUUGUUAAUUCAUAAAAUAUUCAAUCGAUAAUUUUCAGUUUGUCUCAAUUUACUCAACAAUUCUUCAAUUUGCUGCUCAAUACGUCAACAAAGAUAUGAAAGCGGGAAUUGAGAAAAUUGAACGAGUUAUUGAUUUAAUUAUGAAACAAAAAGGAAAAGAGGAUGAUGAUGGAAAAUCGAAAGAAGAAUUGAAGACUCAAUCCAUUGAUAAAACUAUCGAUUAA